AAAAAAAGGAAUUUCGAGAAAAAGAAAAAGAACAAAAAUUGAGAUCUGAUAAGAAAAAAAAUAAUAUUUAUAUCUGGGGAGAGGAGGAGGGAAGAGUAAGAGUGGUCAUGGAGAUGGAUACCAACGGAGCCACCACGAGCUCCGCUGCUGGUGGUGGUUCAACUUCAACCUCUGAUUCAUCUUCAGCGGCCAAAAAGAAUUCCAAAAAACCCAAAUAUUCUAGGUUCACACAGCAAGAGCUUCCUGCUUGCAAACCUAUUCUUACACCAGGAUUGGUCAUUACAACAUUUACCAUCAUUGGAAUCAUCUUCAUCCCAAUUGGACUUGUUUCAUUGUCUGCAUCGGAGCAUGUGGUGGAAAUUGUGGAUCGCUAUGAUGAAGGCUGUGUUCCUUCUAAUUAUUCCAAUGAUAAGCUUGCAUAUAUCCAAAGCAGUCGAACUAACAAGUCGUGUACCAGGACUUUGAGCGUUCCCAAGCUGAUGAAAGGUCCUGUUUUUAUCUACUAUCAACUUGAUAACUUCUAUCAGAACCAUCGCCGUUAUGUUAAAAGUCGAAGUGAUAAACAGUUGAGGAGCAAGGCCUAUGAGAGUGAGACAAAAAAUUGUGACCCUGAAGGUAUUUCACCAGAUGGUCCAAUUGUUCCUUGUGGCCUCAUUGCGUGGAGUUUGUUCAAUGACACAUAUGGAUUUUCUGUGAAAAGUAAGAUGUUAGAAGUCAACAAAAAGAACAUAGCAUGGGACAGUGACAAAGAGAAUAAAUUUGGAUCUGACGUUUAUCCAAAAAAUUUCCAGAUUGGAGGGUUGAUUGGAGGUGCAACACUGAAUUCGAGCAUACCUUUAAGUGAACAAGAGGAUCUGAUUGUUUGGAUGCGUACAGCUGCACUGCCAACGUUCAGAAAACUCUAUGGGAGAAUAGAGGAGGACCUCCAAGCCAAUGAGCAAAUAACUGUUGUAAUACAGAACAAUUACAACACCUACAGUUUUGGAGGCAAGAAGAAGUUGGUUCUUUCAACCACAAGUUGGAUAGGUGGAAAAAAUGAUUUCCUUGGCGUAGCAUAUAUUACUGUAGGGGGGCUGUGCUUGUUUUUAGCAGUAAGCUUCAUACUUCUUUAUGUUAUCAAGCCAAGGCCUCUUGGUGAUCCAUCCUACUUGUCUUGGAACAGAAGUCCAGCAGGCAAUCCAACUUAGGAUUGCUAUAAACUGUACUUCACUUAUUCAGUUUCUUAUAAAUCCAUCUCAUUCUACACGUACUUGUUUUUGUCUGAAAACUUCCACAUUUAGUACGUAGAUUUCCACAGUAUCAUUAAUAUGCAUCUAUUGAGAGUGCAAUUACUUAAACCAACCUUGUGGUGGACAGAUUUUAUCUUGAUCGACUGCUUGCUGCAUUAGUAUUUUCCAAGAUGGCUCAUUUUGUUCCUUACAAUAAAACAUCUGAUGCUUCUCAUGUGAUAUUUUAGAAAAGUUGUUAAAUUAUGCGGUGUUCCAAAAGUCAUCAUUCCAAGUCAUCACUUCCAUCAAGUCUAUACUUGAUGGCGAUUUUGUUGAUGGCGCGACUACCACCACACAUAUUUCAUGAAUCAUCUUUCUUUGGUACUAACAAGGCUCGUGCUUUCCCUCACCAUGCCUUUGGCUAGAAAUUCAUCAGCAAUUCCUUAUACUCCUUUUAAGAUUCAUUCUAUAGGCGUCUUGUUGAGAAGAAUGGAUCCAAGAAUGAGAUUUAUACAAUGUUGUAUGUCGAUGACAAUUCUUGCAUGAAAUUACACACGUGAUUGAUUGCAAAUAAGAAAACUUGUCAAGCAGGCCAUACAUCUAUUUCUACUAUGUAUAAUUGUAUUCUACGGAAUUUUUACAUAAUUUUCUCUUUAUCCAUGCAAGAGAUGCGAUCUAUUAUUCGCUUCUUUUUUCCUAUUUUCAGAUGAAAGGAAAUUCCAACUUUUUUAUGCUUGUCAAUUGUAUUUUAAGGAGAUUAGCAAUAGACUUGGUAAUAUUUUUCUCGUGUCAUGUCUAUUUGCGUUAAAUAUUUUAAGGAGAUUUGCAAUAGAAUUACAAAAUUACUUAUUAUUUAAUUAAAAUAAAAUAAGAUUUUUUUUUGGAUUGAAAUGUGCUGCACAGCCAAAAUAUUAACCUACAUCAACCUGCGGUGUACCACCGAAAGAAAGACCGUCACACAAAAAUCUUUACAAUGUUAUUGUCUUUUAACCAACUUUUUAAUACAAAU